UGUUCGAGAGGAGGAGAUUCAGAUUUGAUCCCCUUCAUCUCCACCGAAGCUUUUCUCUCUCCCUCGUUCUUCUCACGCCCUAGAUCGAAGAAUGGGAGAGAAGCCCAAGACCGGUGGUGUCUGGCCUACCGUCAAGCCAUUUGUUAAUGGAGGAGCAUCUGGAAUGCUUGCAACCUGUGUUAUCCAACCAGUGGACAUGAUAAAGGUGAGGAUUCAACUGGGUCAGGGAUCAGCAGCCCAAGUGACCAGGAACAUGAUCAAGAAUGAGGGUAUUGGCGCCUUUUACAAGGGUCUAUCAGCUGGAUUGCUAAGGCAAGCUACGUACACAACAGCACGACUUGGAUCAUUCAGGGCCUUGACAAACAAAGCAGUUGCUGCCAAUGAUGGCAAGCCGUUGCCAUUAUACCAGAAAGCAAUCUGUGGUCUGACAGCUGGAGCAAUUGGAGCUUGUGUUGGAAGUCCAGCAGAUUUAGCACUCAUUCGUAUGCAGGCUGAUGCCACUUUACCUGCUGCACAACGACGGAAUUAUACAAAUGCAUUUCAUGCACUUUACCGUAUUGUUUCUGAUGAAGGGGUUCUAGCACUUUGGAAAGGUGCAGGUCCUACUGUAGUUAGAGCAAUGGCACUGAAUAUGGGCAUGCUUGCCUCUUAUGAUCAAAGUGUUGAGUUUUUCAAGGAUUCCCUUGGUUUCGGUGAAGCUGCUACAGUUGUAGGAGCAAGUGCUGUUUCUGGAUUCUUUGCUUCAGCCUGCAGUUUACCAUUUGACUAUGUCAAAACCCAAAUACAAAAAAUGCAACCUGAUGCCAACGGAAAAUAUCCAUACACUGGUUCUUUGGACUGUACCAUGAAAACUCUGAAAUCAGGAGGCCCUUUUAAAUUCUACACAGGGUUCCCUGUCUAUUGUGUUAGGAUUGCUCCGCAUGUCAUGAUGACAUGGAUAUUCCUGAACCAAAUCCAAAAACUGGAGAAAUCUAUUGGAUUGUAGAGUUUCAACUUAGGAGUUCAUACUUAAUAGGAGUGAAGCUUCAACUAUGAUAAUAAGUUUCUCUAUGUACUUUAGUGGAGGCUGUUUUUGGAAACCUGGCAGCCUUGGCAAUUAAUGAUUUAAUGUAGUUUUUAUUAGUGCCAUUCAAGUGUAGGUUUAAUAAUUCUUCGGAGCUGUCAAAAACUAUUUUUGGUGAUUUUUUUGGAGGGAUAAGCAAUUUCUUAGCCAUGAUUUGUUGGCAAUUGACGUGGAUUAAAGUGAUUUCAUAGAUUUAAAACAGUUUAAUUCCAUCAAUCAAUAUUUGUAGUUCUAAACUCAAUUUGUGAACUGGACUGGAUUCUAUUUUUUGGGGUUUUCGACUAUUUGGGUGUUUGUAUGGACUGUAGACGACAGAUUACAGAAUAUUAUUUUGAAGACUGGAUACUGAUAGUUUGAA